CACCACCAGAAUAUUUUUUACAUAUCCUUUGGGCAUAUGAGAAUGCACUCGGGGAAAAAAGAUCAAACGAAAUAGAAUAACGAAGAGAAAAUAGCUGUGGUACUCAGGGUCAAGUUCUGUUUAGGUUCUUCCCCAAGGCAAUCAGUGGAUUUCAGUUCCGACUUCCGACAUCUCCCUGAAUUUUUAGGGUACCAACAACUCAGUUCUGUUGUCUGAAUAAAGGAUGUUGCUGCACGGAUAAUGUGCAAUGGCCGGCGCUUGACAUGGCCGGAACUGUUGGUGCAACCGUUGGGCCUCAGAGCCCACUUAAUCGCAAUCUUGAACGACUUUUAGAAGAAGCUCAAAUAAGUGGUGAACUGCGUGUUAGUAGCCGUCGUUUAAGAGAAUUCCCCAAGGUGGCUAAUAAAUACAAUCUAAAUGACACCGUUUACAGUGAUUUGUCGAAAAACAAGCUGUCAGAACUACCCAGUGAAAUAACACGAUUUACAGCUUUGGAGAAGCUAAAUCUGUACCACAAUGUAAUCCGUUUCAUUCCAGAUACUGUCACGUUCCUGCAAUGUCUAACAUAUUUAGAUAUCAGCCGCAAUCAGUUAAGUGUGCUACCAGCUUAUCUUUGCAAGUUACCAUUGCAAGUUCUACUGGUCAGUCACAAUCGGUUGGUGAGUCUACCAGAAGAAAUCAACCAGUUAUGCCAGUUGAUAGAGCUAGAUGCUUCAUGCAACCAGCUCAGUCACCUUCCCAUCCAGUUAGGUGACCUCCAACACUUAGAAGCCCUUAAUCUGCGCAAAAACUUUCUGGUUGAAUUGCCAAGAGAACUUAUGUUCCUUCGGCUGGUCACACUUGAUAUCAGCAUGAAUAGGAUCUCAGCCAUACCAGUGGAAUUACGAUUUAUGGUAUCGUUGGUUGACCUGUGUGUUGAUCACAAUCCUUUGACAUCCCCUCCAACCCAUUUGUGCACACGAGGGCGAAUCCACAUAUUCAAGUAUCUGGAAAUCGAAGCAAUUAAAGAGGACAGAAAACGAGGCAUUUUGGAAGGAGGGGAUUGUCGAAGAUUGCCUCGAAAACCAUCAACAUUACCGGAUUCUCGUUUUUCAGCCAACGAUCCCCGUCGCAAAAGAUACACGAUUGAUAACAGUAAUGGCUUCGGUAGUUGUGGUAACAGUAACAGCCAACCCGUUGUGGUCGAUGGACCCGAUAUGCGCUGGCCGCAACAGAACAAUCAACAUAAUAAUGGGCACGUUUCUUCUACGGAAACAACACCGUUAUUUAUAUCCAAUCCCGUCAAUCAUAAUCAAACGUUAAAGCCUGAAGACGAAGACGAAGAUGAACAAGGAAAUGAGGAAAGGCGAAGAGCUGCUCGGAAAAUUUUGGAACACCAAAUGGCAUCGCAAGACGAACAGAGACUUCCAAACCACGCCCAAACCUACAGAGAAUACAAGGAAGCUUUACGGCAACAGCGAAAUAAUGUUUACAAAGUAAGGGAUAACAAUAGCCACACUCCUAGUCCUGAUACCCCACCUUUGUCUGGAAACCAGACGAUGGAAUUCGGCCGACAGUUAUUAGUUCAGGUGCCACCACCACAACCACAGCAACGGUCGGAUGGAACGGCGCUUUACAAACCAUGGGAAAACAGUCCGAACCACACAACGAUUUCAGAUCCUCCUUCUCAACCCCAUCCAUCAUCAUUCGCUGUGAUUGGUGAUUUUAGUCGUCCUCUGAGUUUAAAUCUCAGUCACGACGAGAACAACAAAGUGAAUGUCAAAGCCGUUCAGAAAGAAGCUGUCCUUUCCUAUGUCAAGGCCAAAACUAGUCCGUCGUCAGUAACUCAGCCACCGCCCUUCCGCUCACCAACGACCGAAUUGCUCAGCCCUGCUUUACCCUAUCGUUCGGUACCCGUCGUUCCCAGUCCUACAGCUGAGUCAAACAAUCUGGCGCCCCCCUACCGCCCACCUCCACCUGAACCACUUACCGGAAGUCGUAAGGUAGCUGCUGUCAAAGCCGGGCCUUCCAUACUUAGUCGACAAAAUUCAUUAACAAAUUCUACCAAUGGCAAUCAAACUCCCCCGCCAUCCAAUCACUCCUCUCACACGGCUGUUACUGCCAGUUUCACUGUACGCCGAGAGAUGGAGAGACAAAGAGAGGAAAUGGAACAAAUUCAACAUUUGCGCCAAUGUAUAGAGAUGAGGCUCAAAAUGACCUUACCUGAUGACUUGUCAUCUGCACUGCAAGAUGGAGUCGUUUUAUGCCAUCUGGCCAAUCACGUCCGCGCUCGUUCUGUGGCCAGCAUUCAUGUGCCGUCUCCAGCUGUGCCCAAACUAACUGUGGCAAAAUGCCGCCGGAACGUUGAGAACUUUAUCGAAGCUUGUCGAAGGAUCGGAGUUUCUGAGAACUCACUGUGCACCUGGGAGGACAUCUCGACGGCAUCAAACAUUAGUCGACUGCUUGAAACUGUGCGGGUCUUACUAGAUCCCGCUACUUUGUCAAAUACCCGGUUGGAUACCUUGCUAUCCUCAUCUCCGGCGCCUUCUAAUCCGCCUACACCGCCGCUAACUCCAACUCCGUCCCCUUCAGGAUCAUUCCCAAUCCCGUUCGAGCUGAUCAACCCGUUGUCAAUAGAUGUCAAUGAGAAUGAUCAAGCCGGCAAACCAAGUCCACUGUCCAAAUCGAAACGAGUCACUUUUGCUCCAGAAAUCGUUGUGCAAGAUGUUGAGAUAGAAGAGUCUCCUCUCCAGCCUCCUCCAGAUCUUUUACCCACCACAAUGAACACUGACUUGAAAGAUCUAGUCAAAGUAUCAUGGACUGAGUUGUGGCUCUCACAUUCCGCGCUGGCACUGGUCCUUAUGGCCGCCACCGCUUUCUACCAUUGGCUCCCUGCUGGGCAGUAAUUCCACUCUAAUUUCCAUCCCUCCAGAGACUAGUCUAGAUGGUAAAAAAAAAAAAAAUACAGAAGACAUUUAACGAGCAAAACUUAGAUUGAGAGACAUUUAAACGAACAUUCCUGUGACCUUAUAGAUUCGCUUUCAUUCAAAUAGAAUCUGCUAAUCGCAUGGGUGCCUCAAUGUUUCCUCCUCCCCCCAAAAAAAGUGAUACGAAUCUUCGUAAUUUUUGUUUCAACCUUUCGUAUGUUUUUCCCAUCUUUUCCUAUCGCAUUCCUGUGUUUUGCUUCUCUUGGGAUUUUGUGCUAAUUCCCAAUUGGAAACUCUUUUUUCUUUAAUGAUGAAAUACCGGCCACUACGACUAAAAGUAGCCGGAAUUUCGAGCUACUAAACAGCCUUCCUCAGUUAUUCCAUUUUUUGUUUGUUUGUUUUGUAUGUCAUAAGCUAAGAAUUUUGUGAAGCAGCCUUUUAUUUUAAAGUAAAUUAUUGGCCGACGUCCAAUUUGUUCAGUCUAAAACACCGUAUCGUAGUAAUUUUGUCAGCCAGCGUCAGGUGCUAUUAUUUCUUAAAUCGUUUGCCUUAAUCCGCUAAUGAUUAUUCGAAUAGUAUUUAUCUGGCGCAUGCAAGCGAAUGGGGCUUGUGAUAUUUGAGAGGAAAUUAAAUAUGAGUUACAACGGUGGUUGUACAUCAGUACUGUGGGAUGGUUCUGCCAGUGCCUGUUCAACGUUUGCCUAACGAGCUUAUUGUCAAAUGCAUAGUGUUAACUAAAUAAGAAGCCGGUAGUUUAUGAUAGCAUUUCUCAACAGUUGAUUAGCUCGUGAUCUUAUUUCGUUUGCAUUGUAGUUUUCCUAUUUUUUUGGUUGUGUAGUAUAAUAGCCAAGCUGGCUAGAAUAAAAUCUGUAUCAGUUUUCUCAGAA